GGGCCUUGCAAUUUGAGGAGUGCAGCAGACAUCCCUUCUUGAUGUUCCCGAGCUUGCCUUUGCAGCUCCAGCAACUGUGACAUGACCGAGUCAAUGCGUACUGGAAGAAAAAUAAAAUAAGAAGCAGAGGGUUUCAAUUGCCCGGGACUGAAAAUAAACACAGCACAUGAGUGACUUACCCUGCAGGUCGGACACGAUGCACUAUAUGCUGGCUUUAAAGACAUUAUUAACUAGUUCGAAAUAAUUCACCUUGCCCCUCUGCAGUGAAUGAGAGUCAGAAUAAAAUCGGCUCCACCGCUGCCGCCGAGGACUGCGCUGCCGUCUCCAAAUGUGAUGCAUGGUGCUGAAACUGCACCGCGUUUUGGGGAGGGGAUACCUGCUUCGCUAUUCACUUAUAUCCACCAGUAAACACUCAUUUUGAGCUUAGAGUGCAAGAGACAGUGGAUCAGCUGAAGCAUUUUACUUGUGUGCUGGUAACUCUACAUUGUAAUAAUGAACAAGUUUCUCAUUGUAUUUGAUUUUGAUGAAACCGUCAUUCAACACAACUCUGAUCAUGUCAUCCUCAAAUGUAAUCCUGACCAAAGUCUUCCAGAAGAUUUGCUGCAACCCCCUGAGGACAGAUACUGGAAUGAAUAUAUAAACAAGGUAUUCCAGUACCUGUGUGAAAAGGGUGUCAAGGAAGAAAACAUGAGGAAGGUUCUAGCAGAAACCCCGCUUACUAAAGAGAUGUUAACCCUGUUUCAGUUUCUUAGAGAGUCCUCAGAUUUAUUUGAAUGCAUUAUUAUCUCCGAUGCCAACACCUUUUUUAUCAAUAGCGUUCUUCAAGCAAAUGACCUAUCCACUGUAUUCCAGAAAAUAUACACAAAUCCUGCAAGUACUGACAGCAAAAAUGUCUUUGUGGUAAACCCUUACCAUUCCCACAUGUGUCAGCAGUGCCCCAUCAAUAUGUGUAAAAGACAGAUCCUGCACGAUCACCUGGUAGAACGUGCUGAAGACGAAGUCGAAUUUGAGAAGAUCUUCUAUGUUGGAGAUGGCACCAAUGAUUUCUGCCCUUCCGAAGUCUUGACGGCAACAGAUGUCAUCUUUCCGAGGAAGAAUUAUCCUUUGCAUCACUUGAUUUCUGAGAUCAAAAUGACAGAACCCUCAGCAUUUCAAGCUCAAGUGGUUCCCUGGGAGUCUGCUGAAGAUAUAUUGCUCUUCCUCCAAGAUUGCACAGGGAAAUAAUGUCACUCUCAGAUCCCCAAAAGAGCUUGAAGAAGAAUUUCUAUCUUCUAGUAGCAAUUUAAAAGUUUUUUGGGGAAGCAACAGAGUAAAUCUGAUAGUAAAGAUGCAUGGUUUUAAAGCUUACUGAAUUAUAAUACUAGCUCAGGGCCUAACAUUUAUUUUCCUCACCCGAUAUUCUAUUUAUGGAUUUCCUUUUCUUGUUUUACAUAGAAAAUCAGCUCCUGGUAAUCUAUUAAUUUAGUUGCGGAGAGAGGUUGUGUCAGCACACGGUGGUAGGAAUACUUGUGUUAAGGAUAUGUCAUUGUAAUUUCAGUACUGAAGAUGCUUUUCAGUAAUUUGAACUACUUUAAAAAAAAACACAAUCCAGAGCAUGUUAUGUAUGCUCCAGUAAUAUGGUAUUGACCAAGCUUUAAUCCUUAUGCAGCUACCCACCACAUAUCAAUAUACUUCAAAGAUAUAGCCAUCCCAUAUCAGUGUUUGGUGAAUAGUAUAACUUUUUCACAGUCAGGAAUGGUAUAGAGGAUGCAAUCUUUAAAUUUCUGCAGGGUAAAAUAUAAAACAUUAUUCUUCUUUUUCUACUUCUAUAAUUCAUUGAACCAAACAUAAUUUACAGAAGGAGGAAAUUAAAAUACACAAACUAUCUGAAAUACACAAAAUAGGUGUUUUGACACUCGGAAAUGUCAGUGAGAUGAAAGAGUGAAUGUAGUGACUCUUCAGGGAUUAUUGUUGUAUAAUUCAAAAAUGUUAUGCUUUCACUGAUCUCCUGUUUGAGCAGGAACAUUCAUAGAAUCAGAUAUUUUUGGCACAGAGGAAGCCAUUCAGCCCUGUGCUGGCUGAUAAGAGCUAUCCAGCCGUAUGCCGUGUUCUAGCUCUUAGUCCGUAACCCUGUAGGUCAUGGGACUUCAAGUGCAUAUCCAAUACUUUUUAGAUGUGAUGAGGGCUUCUGCCUCUACCAUCUUUUCAGGCAGUAAUUUCCAGACCCCCACCACCAUCUAGGUGAAAGAAAAACUCCCCAAAUGCUCCUCCAAUUCUUCUGUCAAUUACUUUAAAUCUAUUUCUUCUGGUUAUUGACCACUCUGCUAAGGGAAAUGAGUAUUUCCUAUCCACGCUUUCUAGGCCCCUCCUAGUUUUAUCCAUCUCAUUUAAAUCUCCCCUCAGCUGCCUCUAUUCAGAAGAAAAUAACCCUAGCCUGUCCAAUCCUAUACAACCAUGGAAAUAUCCUCAUAAAUCUCUACGUACCCUCUCUAUAGUGCAAUGAUAAGGCGGUGACCAGAAAUGUAUGCAGUGCUCUAGCUAUGGCCUAAUUAGUGUUUUAUACAGUUCUAGAAUGACCUCCUUGCUGUUAUAUUCCACACCUCUGCUAAUAAAGGAAAGUAUCCCAUAUGCUUUCUUAGCCACCUUAUCUACCUGUCCUGCUACCUUCAUCUGUGGACUUACAUUCAAGGUCCCUCUAUUUCUCUACAUGUCUCAGUAUCUUACCCAUUGUAUACACAUUGCAUACACCCUUGCCUUGUUUGCCUUCCCAAAAUGCAUUACCUCACACUUGAACUUCAUUUGCUAUUUUUUCACCCAGCUACACAGUCCAAUGAUAUCUUCCUGCAGUCUACAGCUUUCUCCCUCACCAUCAACCACACAGCCAACUUUUGUAUCAUCUGCAAACUUCCUAUUCACACACCCUACAUUUAAAUCUAAAAUGAAUGAAAAACAAGGAACCUAGUACUAAGCCCUGUGGAACCCCAUUGGAAACAGUCUCCCAGUCACAAAUUUUUUUUUUAGCUACUUUAGAUCUAGUUUAGCUUCAAUAAGUGUUAAUCUAAACAAGUAUUGGACUGGACAUGCCAUUUGAUUAUAUUACAUCACAACUAAAUAGGUAAUGUCAGAAAAUUUUCAAAUUAUUUGUCAUUGGUACAGCAAACAAAUUACUGACAUGCUUUACAAAAAACAAACAGUAUCUUCAUAGAACUUAGCAUUCAAUCGAAAAUUAUUAGAUAAUUCUGCUGAUUUAAAAUAAAUUAACUGAUAAAUACUGCAAGACCUUUCUGAAAAAUGCCUAAAGUCAGAGAACUUAACACCAGAAAAUUGCAUUGUAAAGGAGAUAUUGCUCCUGAAUUAUUUAAAGAACAUGAGCUGCACUGUGCUGCUGAUGCCAGUAUGUAAUGUAUACUAUUGAUACUAGACUUGCACUUGAAGUAUGAUGACAUCUAGAAUUUUACUAAACAAUCCCAUGCUAAUUUACAAAAUAAAACUAUUAGACAAAGUUCAGAAUUUAAAAUAGUUUUGCUCUUUAACUUUACUUGUAAUACGUGUAAGGCUUACAGGAUUGAUUAUAUUUUUUAUUUAAUUGAAAUAGUUAUUUCUCCAGAUAUGCAAUAGUGCCAGUAGUAGAGCAUUAGACUGUCAGACAGAAGGUGUACACUGCAGUAUCAAAAUGCGUUGAUGUAGCAAGAAUAAAAUUAAGUUAGAUGGAAAUAGAAAUAGUUGCCAGGGUUGGCCCUACCUUUUCAGGCAGUCGGUCCUAAAUUCUUGAAAUACAUUAUACUGUUCAUCUGGUACUCCAUGCUACUUACUAAGCGAUGCAGUGCAAAGUCGGCAAUAGCAUACUGGUACCCAUUUUAUCCUCUGCCCAAUUUUCUUUUCCACACCAAGAAGAGGAUUGGGUGAGGGUAAAUUGAUAACAUUUCAGGAUUUGACUGUUUCACUUAAAAAAGACAACAUAUAUAGUUAAGGUGCUAAUCUUUUUGCUGUGGAUCAAACCAUAGUGGAGUGGAAAACUAUGUUUGGGUCAGUGAGGAUGAACCUGUAUGCAUCCUUUUCACUUCUAAGAGACAGAUGCAUCCAAAUUCAGCCAAGCACAACAAUUUUCAAUUCGAGCCCAAACUAACCUAAUUCAGAUCUCUCUGGAUUCUAACUUAUUGGGGUCCAUAUUUCAUUCCUUUAUAGUUUAACACCUUUUAAAAUAUGAACAUGUAUCAUCUUUUCAAAAAUCCAUCAGCUCACAGGACUGAACUUUAGAGAAACAAGGAAAUGAUUAAAUCAGUUUUGUCAUACUAAAAACACAGUUCCUGUGAGCGUUGAAAUCUUUUUUUGAGCAUUUUCUUUGUUCUAGCUAAGGCCUGCAUGGUCAUCUGAGGGUAGAAUGGAGGGUGACCCCAAUGUACGUAGAAUAUGCUCUGUGAUAGUUACCUUGAAUGUAAAACUAGAGUGUUUCAUUCCCCUACAGCUCAGGGAGCAGCAUAAAUAAUUCGGCUCCAUCUACUUGAAACAUUUAUUUCUUGAUUAAACUAUGUUGAUUUAUUGACUGUUUUGUCAGGUUUAUUUAUUGACCAUGACUGUGAAACAACUUUCUUUUAGAUAUUAGAAUUUUUUUUAAAUAGAAAUGCAGGAAAUGAUUCUUUUGUAAAAAUAUAGAACCUGAAUUUUCUGUGGCUCAAGGGAGCAAACUGCACCGGUACAAGUUUUACCUCACCCAGUAACGGAGAGGAGGAUAUUGGGUUUUUGUUCCUGCUGCAGAAUUUAUUUCCUCACUCCUCUUACCUUCCCAAACUUCUUGGAUUUCCUUUAGCACCACCUCAAGUAAAUGAGUGCUAAAGUAUGACACAGCUCUCAAUGUUUGCCACCAUUCUUGUCCUUGGGCCGACCAAGAGGAAAUAUAGGCCAAUAUAUAUUAAAAUGCAAAAUAGUGCUGCACUAAAUUGUUUACACUAGUGAGACAUAGUGGGCUGAAGGCAUGGCUACCAAUGAUGGGGGUGGGGUGAAGGAGGAGAAUGUGCAAGGGCCAACAAUUAUUUUCCCCCAUUUUGAAUUCGGAAUAUUUAGUCCAACAAUUUUGAAGUUCUAUAUAUCUAAACCACCCAAUCAGAUGACUAUAUAUUGCCACACUUGCUGCCAUGGUAUUACUACAGGGUAUAGGAUUGUACCAUUUUGUUAAAUUACUUUCAGGGAAUCCCUGAUGAUCUGUUGUCUGCAUGGAAAGGAGCCCAAGACCUCUGAAUGGUUGAAACCCUUGCUUUAAAAGUUCCUGAAACGGAGUUCAGGUGCAAAAUUGCUAGAGAUUUCUUAUUUAAUUAUGACAGGGAGCUAAUGUCUGGUUACCUUGGAGGGCCAGUGUAGGUGAGGACCAUUUCCCUUACAUCGGCCAGAUACUUGCUCCAGCACAACUGGUUCCUUGAAACUUGGAAUGCAGUGAAAUGGGGCAAUGUACCUUGCAUGUGCUUGGACAGACAAAUAUCCAACACACCAUAUAUAUGCAUAAUUGUGGUCUAUGUAUUUAUUAGAGGAAGCCAGGAUACUUCAGUCUGCUUUACCCAUCAAUGCACAGUCACAGUUUGAGGGGCUUGUUGUCCAUCUUGCACUAGUAAGAAAAGAGAUUAAAUUUAAAUGCUCUUUGUUAUGCCAUGACAUACAUUUUGUUUCUGGGAAGCUGUGCCAAUUUUAACACCUAUUUGGUGAGUCCCAAUAGAGGCAGAGCAACCGAACCAAAAUGCAACUUGGCUUAUAUCUAGGAUUUUUUUCACUUCCGUUAUGCAGCUAUGAGUGUCAAUUUAGCGCAUAACUCCUAGUGCAAUAGUAUAAAAAGUUUUAAUAUUUUCUAUUUGUAAAAUAAACUGACCUUGUGGGAACCAAAAGCCAGCUACCUGGUUUAAUAGUUUUGAAUUUGUAACAGGGUUUAGCUCCCACACAGUUGGAACUAUCCUGAUAUCAUCUGCUUUUUGAUGGUUAUUAAUUUAUAGAUGUUUGCCUUGUGUAUGUAUUAUUGCAAAGUUGAAGACAUAAAUACAUGUUUAACUGUAUGACCCUCAACUGGACACAGUAAAAGUGAACAGUAGCUUGUAUUAAUUAUAAUCUUACCAUUUAACUUGCCUCAAAAACGGAGUAAAAAAUAGACAUAUUAUACAUAAUAUUAGUUGAUUUUUAAUGUGUAGUCCUAGGCACACUGAAGUUCACAAGUUAGAUAUAAAUUUCCCUUGUAACUUUUUUUUUAACUUGUUUGCUAUUUGGUCUGUUUUCACUUAAAGGCAAAGCUCACAUAGGCCUCAGCUGAAGUAACUAGUUUGUGUAAAAUUGCUGUUCGGUUUGUAUUGUUGGCUUGCGAUCAACUUGGCCUUAAAACUGUUGAUCAGUUAAGCUCUGUUGCAAUUUAUUGUGAAUGUAACUUGAGUCAAGGUCAUUGAAAAUUUUAAACUAAACCGCAAUUGAUUUAAAAAAUAUAAAUUUUCUAAAAUGAAAUCAAUUUGAAAUAAUGCACAGUUUUUACAGCCAAUCUAUAAAUGAAGGAAAACAUUUUAUUUAAUCUAUUUUUGUGUUAUUUUUAUCUUCACGUACCUUUGCGCAUGGCUAGGUUUACAAAUAGCAAUGAGAUAAGUGAUCAAAUAUCCAGUGACCUCUGAGUGAAGUGCAUUGGGUAAGUGCCAGAAGAGGACAAGAUUGGGCUUGCUCGUUCUCACUGUCAAAGAUUGAAUGUGACUAUGACAAUUUGGACAAAGAAAUGGAAGGUGACUGGUGACCAUGGAACCAUAUCCCAGUAAGAUCCCCUUCAGAAGAGGAUGAAAAAAUUUGUGACGAAAAAGAUUGGCGAGAAAGUGCAACGCAAAACAUUUCUGAUAUCGUGCUUUCAAAUUGUAAAUUACUCCAGACAGUGUACUUUAUUCUUAAGGGUCUAAUACACAAUGCUUUAAAUUUUAAACACUGGGAUGUUCCAGGGGCACUUUAACCAUUAGGGGUAAUAAAGUAUUGAAUAAGGCUGGAAUGAAAUCAUUCUGCAGUUUGAGCAAUAAAUUAAUUCUAUCACUGUAUUUAAGUGUAGCUUUUUGUGGACUCUUUGCUUAGGAUGAUGUAGCACACAUUGUUAAAAUUAUUACAGGGAAAACACAAUGUACGUUAAAGGAUAAUCUAGUAAAUUGAGAUGCUGAUGUAUGAAUAUUAUCUAUGUGUAAAGAGACUGAAGAAUGAAUUCAUAUGUUAUCAAGAUUUUUAAUGCUAAUGCUAAAAAGGAACUUGUUCUAUUGAAAUCUCAAGUGACUUGAUGUUUAGGAAUUAUGUUAAUUAGGAUCUGUAUUUAACAGAUGUCAAUAAAACUACUUAAAAAAUG